AUGGGCGUCGUGGCGCACUCGCCACCCAACUUUGUAGCGACCCAGGCGUCGUUCGGCGACGCCUUCGGCCCCGGGCCCGUCAUGACCUUCGCCGGUACGCCGCCGGCCGGCAAGGCCUCAGGCGGCUCCGGGUUCCUGGGGUCGAUGAACGGGCUCAACCAGGCCGUCUACUCGUACGGCGGGUGCCUCAUCUUCGCGGCCUUUAUGGCGGAGAUGCGGCACCCGAUGGACUUCUGGAAGGCCCUGCUGUGUGGCGAGAUCUUCAUCUACGCGUGCUACCUCGUCUUCGGGCUGUACGUGUACUCGUUUCAGGGCCAGUACGCCUUCAACCCCGUCAUGCAGGGCCUGUCGCCGUACUGGUGGCAGACGGCGACCAACAUCCUUGGGCUGGUGACGGGGCUGAUCGCGGCCGGUCUGUACGGCAACAUCGGCAUGAAGGUGCUCUAUGUCGAGCUGCUGCAGGGCGUCUUCGGCGCCCCCGCACUGACGGAGGCGGCGGGGAAAAUGCUCUGGGCGGGCCUCAUCCCGGUGUACUGGACGAUCGCGUUCAUCGUCGGCGCCGCAGUACCGCAGUUCUCCCUCAUAUCGGGGUUCAUCGGCGCGCUCUUCAUCCUGAGCUUCACGUAUACCCUGCCGGCGCUGCUGGGGGUUGGGUUCUGGAUCCGGAAGGACGCGAUGGUGCCCGAGGAGGAGACGUUCGACCCGGCGAUGGGACGAUACGCCUACGUCGACGGCGGUUUCCGGCGGUACUGGAGGGGGUUCAUGAAGCGGCCCUUCUUCAACACGUGGAACAUCGUGUACAUGCUGGGCGGGCUGGUGACCACGGCGCUGGGCAUGUAUUCGUCGAUUGAGGGGUUGAUUGCUGCGUUCAACGGCAAGUCUCAGGCCACGAGUUUUGGGUGUGCAAGUCCGGUGUAG